CUAUGUACAACUAAAUGUGGGAGGAGGGAGUUAAAGCCCAUUUGAGAACAGCUGAGUAGAAGCCAAAGGAGACGGAAGGGGGAGCAAACUGGGUGCUGCCUGCUAUAUAGGACAUCCCUGGGGGAAGUGCCAAGCAAGGACCUUAAAUGCAUGGAACAUUGGAAGUACAACCUCCAGUAAAUUGCAUCAGAUCCUGCAUGUGGGAGGAUUCCUGAGCAGGUAUGGGCUGAAAAGAAUGGGCAAGGCUAUCAGAAAGGAAAACUGCAUCAGUUUCCACAUAAUUGUGACGGACGCAUUCUGUAGCUUUAGGUUCUUCAUACUCUGGUCAGCAGAAGUUGACCCAGGAUGCCUCUCAAUGAUGAACAGAACAGUGACGGUGAUUCUUCAAGGUUCUCUGAAAGCGCAGCUUCUUCCAGUGACUCUGAAUAUUCAAGACAAAGUUUUACCAGUGACUCUUCGAGCAAAUCCAACUCCCCAGCUUCAACAAGCCCUCCCAAAGUGGUAACAUUUGACGAAAUGAUGGCUGCGGCAAGAAACUUGUCAGACCUGAGUCUGGUUCAUGAAAUUGCCGUAAAUGAGAAUUUCCACUUGCAACGCAUGGAGCACCCGCAGAAUUGUUUGCCCGGAAGAGUGAGACAAGUUGUACACAAAGCAUUCUGGGAUCAUUUGGAGAAAGAUCUGAAUGAAGAUCCUCCUGAAUAUGAGCAUGCUAUCAAGCUGUUUGAAGAAAUUAAAGAGAUUCUUCUUUCGUUUCUGAACCCUGGUGCAAACAGGAUGCGAAGCCAAAUCUGUGAGGUCCUCGACGCAGACCUCAUAAGGCAGCAGGCCCAGCACGACGCGGUUGACAUCCAGGGCCUUGCAAACUAUGUCAUUAGCACAAUGGGGAAACUUUGUGCUCCAGUAAGAGACAAUGAUGUCAACCAGUUAAAAGCCACUGGGAAUAUUGUAGACUUGCUAAGGCAAAUAUUUCAUGUUCUGGAUCUCAUGAAGAUGGAUAUGAUUAAUUUUACUAUUCAGAGUCUUAGACCUCAUCUUCAGCGCAACUUGGUGGAUUAUGAACGAACAAAGUUCCAGGAAAUACUUGAAGAAACACCAGGUGCCCUGAACAUAACAACAGAAUGGAUAAGGGAAUCUAUACAGGAUGAACUAUCUUCUGUUUCCUGUGAAGCAUCUUCAUCCUCUGGUGUUGAUGGUGCCUCAAAACCAAAUCUGAGCCCUACUCUGGUGCUAACCAACAGCUACUUGAAAUUAUUGCAGUGGGAUUACCAGAAAAAAACAAUUCCUGAGACACUGGUGACAGAUGAAGGUCGCCUUCGUGAGCUGUCAGAUAAACUGAAUCAGUUGAAGGUUAUAGCUUGUAUUUCUCUCAUGACAAGCAACAUGGUUGGUGCAGCUAUUGAAGGAAUUCCAGAUUUUGGCGACAAACAAAAGAGGAUUUCGUUUGUGCUGCUUGACGGAAUGAAUAAGAAGACCUUUGAUUUGAAAGAAGCUCUUGCUGCCAUAGGUCUUCAGACAUGUAGUGAAAUAAACCAGUCACUAACUGAGAGGGGCUUCCCACCCCUAAAUAAAGAAGUUCACUCAAAUUUAGUGGGUCAGAUCUGCAACAUCACAGAGGAAGAUAAUCCAAUCAGCUCCUUAAUCGAUAAACGAAUUCAACUGUACAUGAGAAGCUUGCUUGCUUCUCCAUGCCUUCAGAAGUCGAUGCCCACAAUCCCAGGAGGCCUUGCUGUGAUUCAAACGGAGAUGGAGAUCAUUGGAUCUCAGUUUGCCAACAUUGUCAACCUUAAUAAACAGGUGUAUGGACCAUUCUAUGCAAAUAUAUUUCGAAAACUGCUUUUUAAUGAAGCAGUAACGAGCACAGCAGAUACUGACCCUUCUACUAAUUGAAAUAUGUAAAUUUUCACUCCCCCCUCACAGUAUUUAUAUAGCGGUGAUUUAUUCUUCUGAAUAUGGAUAGCUUCAAGUGAUGAUUGGCAAUGAGAGAGAAAUGUAUGUGUUUAAUGAAAACAGAUCCUAGCAAUUGCAUUCAAAUAUAGGUGGCUGUAUGUCUCAGAUUCCUGGGAAGCUGUCAAAUUAAACAUACAUGUGUGUAUGAAUUGUAACGUUUAUUGCUAUUGUCUACUGUAAAUGGUUUCUCCAAAGCAAGAAUCGAAUGUGCUUCCUCCAGUAUCUUUGGUGCAAUGAAAGAGAAAGUUGUAGCUCAGAUUUAAUCUGAAUUUAAAUAUUAAUUUUGAUGGCAUACUAUCAAAAUACGAGUGGCCAGUUUGGGGAAAGACCUCUAGCAACUAGAGGAAAAAAUAAUCUAAUUGAUUAUAUUGAUCUUAUAGUAGGUAAGGUCACAGGACCAGGGGUUCCCCCAUGCCCCUCAAAACACUCCUUUUUGCAUACCAAGAUGCCACUGUUGGCAGAUAUUCUGCAUCACUUGUUUGGAGGUAUUUUGUAGGGAUAUUAAUAUAACUUAAUCAUAAAGCGAUUCAUGUUUGCUAUUUUUGGCUAGGUGUGACUAGUGAAUUGUUCUACAUACUAGCGUAUAUACAUGAUGAUGGUUCAAUAGUCAAUUGUAAGACCCUUCUUUAAUUCCCCCCUCCCCCAAAAAAACCACUAUUAACUGUGGCCAAUGAUGGCAUCUUUCCUGACUUUAGCCACCGUUAACAAUAAUAAGGAUUUUCAUCUAGCCCAAGUUAUGACGGAAACUCUAAUUAGCACUAACCAUGAUUAAGACUGAUCCCAAUAUAAUUAUUAAUUAGAAAGGAUGGGGGAAACCUGCUGCUAAUCCCUUAAGCAGGUUAGAGAUCAGAAGCAUUAUAUCUCCGCUGGUACUGUAUUCUGGAAGACUAGUUAGUCUUCAUGUACUCCCUAUGUAACAUUUUUUUCCUCCUUGUGGUUAUAUACCUUUUGGACGAGUAAUUUGGCUGUGCAGGUAGACUCUUUGGAUAGACCUGAUACUUCUGUUCUGUCCAGUAGGUCUUUUGAGACUCAGUCAUAGUAAUAUUGAUGGACAGAGCCUUACAAUCGGAAAUAAUGGUCCUAAAAUCUAGGUAUUGUUAACGGAGUACCUAAUGUUUCUUGUUAUUUUUAUCAUUUUGGUCAGUAAUCAGUUUUAUGGGAAGGCUACUUUGAGGAAGCAGGGAAUGGUAUGGGUGCAGGCCUAGACCUACCCUGAAGUGGUUUGCCAACAAGUCCUGUCUCCACUACCUUAUUGCUGUGUCGUUAUUUUACUUCACUUCUGGAUUGGCAACUGGAGUGGGGAGGAGAUGGGACCCCAUAAGAGUGUUUGACCUAGGCUCUGCUUUGUCAAUUGAUCCCCAUUGUUGCCCAAUCCUACAGUCUUUAUAGUGGCCAAAUCCCAAACUAUUUAGUGGUAAAGAACCUGUUGACCUGGAUAAGCAUCUGGAAGUAUAUGAAAUGUACAAUUGUUACAAAGUUGGUAGAAACAUUUUUGAUGGAGAAGAUUACUUGACAAACUGAGAUAUUUAAAGAAACUAUUUUUGCAUAUGUCAAAUUAUUGAAUAUAGGGGGCUGCAGUACAUUGGGUGUAAAAAACUCCAAUUUAUACCAGAAUGAAUCAUAACUUGAGAAGUUACUUCUGGGAAGUAUUGGCUCAUUGUGAGUCUACUCGCAAAUACUAAACUUCUAACGUGUCCAAUUUCUGUGGAUGUGUGCCUCUAAAGGCUCCCAGUUAAUAUUUCAUAUUCUUACAAUGUAUUUUUGCUAAGAAUUAAUCUUUGCACAUUUUGGAAUAAUGUGCAGCCUACUUGCUAUACUGUGCUGUUGGCACAUCUAUGACAAAGUAAAAGAACCUCAACAUUAAGAACACUGUGGUUUUAUAGGCAACUCUGCCUUUUUCAUGUAACUGAAGUAUAGAUGUCCUUUUGAAAGAAAAUAACUUCUUUAACAAGUACUUGAUUAUCUCAUACUGAGGCUGGUUUCUUGGGGGUGGGGUGGAGGCAGAAUUACUUUUUGUGAAUCUUGAUUAUCUUGUGGAGUUGCAAAAAGAGCAAAAUUUUCUGACUGCUGUAUAUUCAAUUGUCAGUUUAACAAAUGACAUUCGGGCAAUCACCAUCCAUAAUUGUUCAAACAACUGUGUCAACGUGCAGAACUAUUUUAAAUAUGUUUGUAGAAGAAAAGCGUUGUCCAAAUAAUAUUCCUGUACAUUUGUGGGUAGUGGGAAGUAACUUUGUGCAGUACGCAUUCUCCUUGACCUGCGCAUGCAGAGUAAUUAGGAAUCGUGAAUAACCACAUACACACACAAAAAGCAGGAUUCCUAAUCAUAGAGAGAGGUCUCUAUACAUGUGUGCUUGUACAUGUGAAGAACUUUUGCACACUUGGGGAUCUCCUGGUCUUGGUUAGAAGUGGAAUCUGUCAUAAUCCUGUUCUCCACACACCCCAUCCAGCUCACCUGUGCUCAUCCUCCCAGAAUAUAUGAAAAGGGCUAAAGCAUCCCUUGUCCCAUUCUUGCCUUGCUCCAAGAUGCUUUGUCUAAUUUUGGACUUAGAAAUGACUGUUGUCUUAUAAAUACUUGCAAGAAAGUUCAUUUUUGUUUUGCGUUCUCUGUAGAGCAAAGCUCAGUUUGAAAAACUCUGACUUGUGAGAACUAUUGUAAUACAACAAGUGUGCUAAUGAAAUUACGUACAGAAUCAAAAGAUUUCUGGUACAUAAGUUAUUUGAAGUAAAAAGCAAAUAUGUCAAAAAAGCAAAGGAACUCUAUUUUGGACCUUAAUAUGGCUGUUUAUGUUUUAAACAUUUACAAGAGAUUUUUUGUAGUGUAUGUAAUAUAUUUCUGUCUUAAUCACUGCAUAUAUGAAACAGAAACCAUGGCAGCAAGUAGAAGCAGCCCUCUCUACACAGUUCAAUCCCAUCUGGGAAGCUAUAACAUCUGUAAAAAUAAUUGCACAAUGAUUAAGAGAAAGCAAGCUUUGUUUGGUGAUUUUUAUUAGUAACUUGCAAAGGGCAUUUUAUAUAGCAUGGCAUGUCCAUUCAGCAAUCUUUACCUGUCUUGUAGUGUUUGCAGCCUUCCGGAUGCCCAAAUUAAGUACUCAUCCCUCUUAUACAUUAUUCGUUGAAAUUGUCCAAACAAGUUUACCAUCUAUUUUUUGUCAUUUGGAUAACUUUGACAAUAUUGUAUGUAGCACCUUUGUUGGUGGCUUUUGAGUUAGUGUUUGGUAUAUUAAUAAAGGCUGUUUUAUGAUAAAA